AUGGCAGAAGGAGACAGCUUACCAGAGCAACAUGACGCCGGUGGCUAUCGGGAUCCCGCAAUGUGGAAAGCCGCCGAGUUCAUGGCGGGCCGGUUCGCAGCCAAGGAGGCAGCGAUUAAGGCCCACCACCAGUUGAAGAUCACGUUCCAAGACAUUGAGAUAGUCAGCGGCACGCCCGCGCGAGGGUUCAAGGACGGCGCGGAGGAUAGCCCGGUGCAGACGGAGCCCGGUGUCGGGGAGGGCUCGCUAUCCAGCGGUCCACCCACCGCCAUCGUGCGGCUUCCCACGUCCUCGCAGGGCCAAAGUGCGCUGUUGAGCAUCAGCCACGACGGCGAGUACGCGUCGGCGGUCUGUUUGGCAGUGCAUGGGGAUCAGGGCAUAUUCAACGCCUAG